GGGUCAAGGGGCCUGUCUAGAGUAGCCGCCCAGCAUCCGGCUCCGAGAACCUUUUCCCUUUCCUCUGGGAGACCUGAAUGGGCGCCAGCCCAGCCCUGGUCUCCAGGCUCUGCUGCGGAAGCUUCCCACCUGGUGCCCGGCGCUUGGGAUGCCGCCGACGGGCUCGGUCCAGUGUCCCUGUGCCUUCUCUGCAGGUGUCCAACCAGGUAGAGGAGGAGGCCGGAGACUUGUGUUCCUGCAAGGCGGGGCCGGUGCUCCUCGUUGCGCUUGCGCUCGCCCUGCACGUUCUGCGCUCCAGGGCCUGGCAGGGACCAAAACAGGCCGGGGAGCAGUGACACCUGGGGCAGUCAGUCAUCCAGGAGCCGCCGCCACCUGCCCCACCCCCAAUCUCCUCGGGAGGUGUUUAUCUUUGCCUGCGCUCCCGGCUCUUUCUCUUUCACUUUUCUUUUCGCCGGAGGUUGGGACUCCGGGUGGAAGGUGCCCGGGGGAAUCCCAGCUGACGCGUUCACUGCCUUCGGAGUCCGGCGCCCUCGGGGAACUGGGUGUCCGCUCCCGCCCGGCUGCAGUGGCUGUCGCCCCCCAACCCUGCAGCCAGGACUCGAUGGAGGUACAGAGCUCGGCUUCUCUGCUUUGGGAGGGGAGUGGUGGUGGUUAAAAGGACAAUGGAAUUUUCCCCGAAAGCCUACGCCCUGGGCCCCUCCCAGCUCCGGCGCUACCCUCUGGUCUACCCGAGUGGCUCGGCCGCCCCGCCCUCUCACGGGGAAAACUUAGCCGCAACUUCGAUUUUUGAUUUUUCCCCUAAUGACACUUUACUCCUCUCCAAGACUCUCUUCGCCAUCCUCCUGCUUCCGGAGGAGCGCAGAUCGCUGGUCCCUUUGCCCCUGGCGUGCGGCUCCCCACUGAGCUGCACCCUUUCGGAGUUCCCGACUGCUGGCGAGCGCGAGGCAGGCCCCGCACCCUGCGCUCCCCUGGGAGGGUGAGGGACGCGCGUCAGGCUGCCCAAGCCAAACUGCCGGUUUCUGAGAAGAGGCGGUCCCGCAGCCCUGAGGGCUGAGUUCUGCACCCAGUCAAGCUCAGAAACGCCAAGAAAAGAAUCCAUUCCAAUAUAUGGCUACGUGGCUCUUUGGAGCAAUGUUCCAUCAUGUUCCAUGCUGGUGACAUCACACGGAGCACAGAAAUCAAUGUUAGCAGUUAGCCAGCCCAUACAAGAUCGUUCCACUUGUGUUUUUAACGAAUCAUCAUUUACCCUGGAGUGUAUUGUAGGAGGCAUCGUGGAUGGAUGGCUGCUGGAAAUCCCUUGCCAUAGCCAGCUCUUCUUCAAUACUUACAGAUUUACCGUGGUUUUGAGUAAUGAGAAUUUUGAAACCACGUUUGAGAAGUAUUUCCAUUCAGUGCUACUUGUGUUUACUUCUAAACAGUCAUUUUCUAACUGAGGCUGGCAUUCAUGUCUUCAUUUUGGGAUGCAGCUAAUAUACCCAGUUGGCCCAAAGCACCUAACCUAUAGUUAUAUAAUCUGACUCUCAGUUCAGUUUUACUCUACUAAUGCCUUCAUGGUAUUGGGAACCAUAGAUUUGUGCAGCUGUUUCAGUGCAGGGCUUCCUAAAACAGAAGCCAACUGGGUGGAUGUAAUAAGUGAUUUGAGAAGAAUUCAAGAUCUUAUUCAAUCUGUACAUAUUGAUGCUACUUUAUAUACGGAAAGUGAUGUUCAUCCCAGGUGCAAAGUAACAGCAAUGAAGUGCUUUCUCUUGGAGUUACAAGUUAUUUCAUUUGAGUCCAACAAUACAAAUAUUAAUGAUACAAUAGAAAAUCUUCUCAUCCUAGCAAACAGAAGUUUGUCUUCUAAUGGGAAUAUUACAGAAUCUGGAUGCAAAGAAUGUGAGGAAUUGGAGGAAAAAAAUAUUAAAGAAUUUUUGCAGAGUUUUGUACAUAUUGUCCAAAUGUUCAUCUACAAUUCUUGAUUGCAACUGAUUCUUUUUAAAGUGUUUCUGUUAUUAACAAACAUCACCCUGCUGCUUAGACAUAACAAAACACUCGGCAUUUCAAAUGUGCUGUCAAAACAAGAUUUUUUGUCAAGAAGAUAAUCAGAUCUUGGAUCAGAUGAAUUCUUAAAAAUGAAGGCAUAAAAAUGUCAUUGAGUAAUAUAUAGUGACUAUGAACUUCUCUCAGAUGUACUUUACUCAUUUGUUUUUAAUUUAUUAUUGAAAUUGUACAUAUUUGUGGAAUAAUGUAAAAUGUUGAAUAAAAAUGUAUACAAGUGUUGUCAUUUGAAGCUGCAUUGAUAUUUUUCCUUUUAUAGCAAAAUAGAGAGCAUUUUCUUAAGGGCGAUAGUCGAAUUAUGUAUUGGUGGGGCUGGGUACCAGUGCUGCAGGUCAAUGUCUAUGUUGUUAUGCACCUGCCAGUGUGGCACCACUGACUGCCAGCUCUCAUUGACUUCCUUACAAAGCAAAGCAACCAGAGGAAGAAAUUGCUAUCAAUAAGCAAAAGAAGAACUAUAUGUGAACCCUCUUCUUUGCACUGUAAUUUAGGUAUUGAUAUAUAAAGCAACUGUUAUGAAAUAAAUUGCAAUACCCGGCA